AUGGCAGCAUCUCUUUUCGGAUUCCUUCUUCUUUCCGCCAACAUCCUGAGAUUUGGGCCCAUAGGUGCACAUGGGAGCCAAGCCGAAUGUCCCUAUGAUAUUAUCAUCAAUGGACUAGUGAUUGAGGGUGACAAUACGGAAUGCUUCCAGUCGUCAGAAAAGGGAGUCCUUGCCUUCGUGUCAGGGUCAGAAGUAGACCCCAUUGUGGUCUGGGAUCCAGAUGCCCCCUGUGGAGGUGAACACCCCAGUUAUAUUCAUUACGCCGCCAAGGGAAGUGUGGAAAAAUUUGAACCCAUGACGGCUGGAGCCGGAGAUGUGGUACAUACCUAUCAAGCCGCCAUUUUUGAAAAUGGUCUUCCCAUGGAGGAAGGCACUGGAGGUUGUGUCCAGUUUGACACUAGCACUGUGGGACCACUCAAAUGUCAGAAAUCUUGGAAGGUGGCACGAUACGGCAGCUCCUGUCCCGAAAUGCCAAAGCCAAAAACAUCCAGCACGGUUGGAGUGCUGGUUGUUCUCGUGGUUGCGAAUGUAAUAGGCUUUGUCCUGUGGAAACGAAAAGGGUCCUCCGGUCGCUCCAAACUGGAGUCGUAUAUUGCCUUGUCCACUCUCAAUAGUUGA